CAAUCCCAAAUAAAAAGAAAAAUAUAAAAACCCUAAUUCAAAACCCCCUCCCCCUUCUUUCCCUGAUCGCCCGACUCUUCACCUGCCCAUUGCCCACUGCCCACUGUCCAGUUUUUCUUUUCAUCUCCCCACGCUUGGAACUCACUCUAAAUUUAGAUUCCGUAUCAACCCUCCAUUCUCAAUGUUCGAAUUUAUUAAACUUUAGUAUUAACUUAAGAUUCUCUUCGUCACAUCUUUCUCCAAUGGAUUCCCAAGAUUCCUCCGCUCCGCCACCCCACCAUCACCUCCACCACCAUCACCAUCACCAUCAUCAUCACCCUCACCAGCCUCAACCACCGCCCUCAUCACACCAUGGCGUCCUACUGGUUCCACACACUCAAACCCAUCAACUUCCGUCUAACAACUCGUACCCACUACCCAACAGUAACAGUUCUGUCGCCCCCACCUCCUCCGCUACCUCUAACACCGCCAUGAUGCACCAACAAAACCCCCGCUUCCCGUUCAACUCCAUGGCGGCCCCCGCCGCGGCCGCCCCUGCCCCGAAGCCGCUAGAUCAUCAGUAUUCCGAUGGGUCACCUUCUGGCAGUGGUGGCGGUUGGUUCAACAUUGAGCCGACCAGAAAGAAAAGGGGCCGGCCCAGAAAGUACUCACCUGAUAACAGCAUUGGUCUGGGUCUGUCCCCUGCCCCAGUUACCCAGAUUGCGUCUGCUGUUGGCCACACGGAUUCUGGUGGGGGUGGUGGCACCCCAUCGUCUGAAACCCCCGCCAAACGCAACCGUGGAAGGCCUCCUGGUUCUGGGAAAAAACAGUUGGAUGCAUUAGGGACGCCGGGAGUUGGGUUUACACCUCAUGUAAUUACGGUAAAUUCAGGAGAGGACAUAGCUUCGAAGAUUCUGGCUUUUUCGCAGCAAGGACCACGGACUGUUUGCAUUCUAUCUGCUAAUGGUGCCAUCUGUAAUGUUACCCUUCGCCAACCAGCAAUGUCAGGUGGCACUGUAACAUAUGAGGGCCGUUUUGAGAUUAUCUCCUUGUCCGGUUCCUUCCUGCUGUCAGAGAAUAAUGGCAGCCGCAGUCGAACCGGUGGUCUGAGUGUGUCCUUGGCUGGGUCAGAUGGUAGAGUAUUGGGUGGUGGAGUUGCAGGAAUACUUAAAGCAGCAUCACCUGUUCAGGUUGUGGUAGGAAGCUUCACUGCAGAAGGCAAAAAAUCAAAAAAUGCACCUUCUGCUUCACCUUCAAAUAUGCUGAACUUUGGUGGUUCAGUCACAGGGACAGGGGCUGGCCCUCCUUCCCCAGGUGCUUCAAGUGAGUCGGCUGAGGAGAAUGAUGGUACUAGUCCUCUUGAUCAUGGCUCCGGACCUUACACAAAUGCUGGGCAGCCAAUGCAGAAUAUGCAAAUGUAUCAAAUAUGGGUUGGCCAAACUCCAUAAAAAUGCUCCCUAAUUAAGAUCACAUUUCCUGCAAUACAUAUCUGGGGAUCUCAGCAACACACUCGGUCUGCAAAUGCUGAAAUCUGACUAUAGGACGGCCUUCGCUUUCCAUCCUUGGUAGAGUUUUUCUGUAGUUUUUUUUUACUUUACAUUUUCUGUAGCUUUCUUAGUCUUUGUAGGUCCACUUUUCCUACUGUCGAUUCAGAUCAUGCUAAUUUGUUGCCUGCUAAGGAGCAAUUUCUGGCAUUCGCUUGCUCA